CUAUGUCUGCCCAAACCUUGCCUACCAUCUAUUUACACCUUCCCGUUUAUUGAUUACAUAUCCAAAUAAUUAUACUAAUCAAUGAACAAUUAUUUAAUGGUUGUCUGGCUAAUUUAAAGCCUAAAAUUAAUUAUUGGACGAAGCUGAAUCAACGGACAUUUAGUGCCCGGCCCCAGCUGCCAUUUCCUGUCAGUGUUUACAAAUAGUAGUUGUACGUCAACCCUUACUUGACCCUAUGUUCCAUAUUUCUCUUUCGAUUUCCCCGAUAAUUAGCGAGGAAUUUAACCUGUCCAGGGUUUAGGCACGUAGGUAGGCCCUAUACCUACUAGGCUAAGUACCUAACGUCCCGUGAGGUACCAAUGAAGCGUGUAUUGUAAACGACGAGGAGCCUAUCUGUCGUCUUCUGGUUUAUAGGAUUAGUCUCUCCUAUUCUAUAAUCCCAUAUUGUCCUGAAACAAGCUCAGUUCUUGUACUGAGGUCAGUUCGUGUAUGCAAUGCAUGAAGAGGGAGAAUUCUCCUCUGAUCUCAUUGGGAAGACUUGUACUGAAGAUAGAAGCUCCCCAGUGGACCACAAUGCAAGUCACAUAUCCAGUGCAAGUUUCUUACAACACAUUGACUCAGACGAAAUGUUUGACCAACCUUCAUUGGAAUACACUUUAUUUGCCGAUUCUUCUGGUGUGAGUUGUACACAAGGAGAUACCGUCGUUUUAAGGGUAAAACCGAACGAUGACGAGGCCGCAGAACAGAGUGCCGAGGAAGUCUCGAAGCAGAGCACGAACGACUCUCCUAUCAUUUGCAAAGUUUGUAAUAAGUGUUUUACUCAAAGGGGUUAUCUUAAGAUACACAUGAGACGUCACACUGGAGAACGUCCCUUUUCUUGUAAGCUAUGUGGCAAGGACUUUGCUGAUGCAAGCAAUUUUCGUCAGCACAAGAGAAAACACACGGGUGUUCGUCCGUUUUCUUGUGAAGUUUGUAACAAGGACUUUAGUGAGAAGGGAAACCUCAAACAACACAUGAGAACGCACACUGGCGAGCGGCCGUACGUGUGUGAUAUUUGCCAGAAAGCGUUUACUCACAAUGGAAAGCUGAAAGCGCAUAAGUUCCAGCAUACAGGUGAAUGCCCAUACUGUUGUGAAAUCUGCGGGAAGGGCUUCUAUGAAAAUGGUAAGCUGAAGAGACACUCAAGACAACAUACGGGCGAGCGUCCCUUUUCCUGCGGGGAGUGUGGCAAAGGUUUUAAUAAUAAGGAAACACUCAAGGUCCACACGAGACAACACACGGGGGAACGCCCGUUUGUUUGCAAAGUUUGUAGCAAAGCUUUUCCUGAAAAGGGGACCUUGAUGAAUCACAUGAGACGGCACACGGGUGAACGGCCAUUCUCGUGUGAGAUGUGCGGAAAGACUUUCCACCACAAAGGUAUUCUUACCAAACACCUAAGGUUACAUACUGGUGAAAAGCCGUACGCGUGCGAAAUAUGUGACAAAAACUUUGCUGAGAGGGGCACCCUCAGGAAACACAUGCGAUGCCAUCGCAAGGGACAGCCAAUGAGUUCUUCAACUAGCUUAACGGAAAUUAUUAAAAUAGAAAAUGAAGAUUCCUUUGUCACUGUAAAAGAAGAAAAGAUUGAGUGAUAUAAACGGUUUUCUGUCCUGAAUCUGAUUUGAUGUAUGUACUGUACUGUAUUUAUCAAGCUAUUGAUGACAGUUUGCUGGAAUAUGUGAUAAAUGCUCUCUCACGCUGGAAUACUUUUAUAAAUGCUCCAUCUCAACUAUGAACCCUAUUAUUUUACACAAGCCUCCAGCCCCUGGUAUGUUAGGGAGUAGACUAUUAAAAUUGAAGUAAUUGAUGAAUAGGUACAUUAGAGGUGAUGACAGGUUGUGUGAGAUGCUCAAUUUGGAAACCAUUUCUCUCUGCCACUGUGUCAUGGAGUCUUUUGUGCUUGUCGUGCAGGUAGAUUGUCCUUCACUUUUUCUUCAUAUCUAUUCCAAGGCCAUAUGCAUAGAUCAGAAAAUAUAUCUUAUCUUCCUUUGGAAAAGAUGAUUAUGUCGUAUGUUGCAAGAGUCCUUGCUACCUUUGAUUGGUUUUAUUUGUAGCUUAGAUCACAGAUGGAUGAAGAUGGAUUGCUAAUUGAGUGUUGCACCAUACAGCAACUUGUUAUCAUGAGGAUCAGUUGUAUCAGGUCCUAAUCUCGCAUUGCCCAGGUCCUUGUCGAUAACAGACACUCCAGUUAUGCUGUCGAGGAAUCUAUCAAGAAGAAUGUUGAGGAAUGAUACCUCCAGAAACAACACCCAGACGUCCCGAAACCCAUAAAGAUCUACUCCAAAGAGGCAGUCCCCGGUUGAUGGCGAUCUGGUUUUAUGUCGCUUGUCUAGCCCCACAAAAUUGGCAAAUUAUGGUGCCAUAAUGGGCAAUUUCGGUUAUCGGCGGCAUUUACUAAAACUUGGCAGCACACGCACCCUAAAUCGGCGAUUUCCACUUAUCAGCACCUCACCGAGAAUGGAACCCCUGCCGAUAACCAGGAACUGCCUUACUAUUGGGAAGGAGAAGCUGAACUUGAACAUCACACAAGAAACUUUCCUUCUCCCUACCAUUGUUCAGAGGAUGACUGCAAAUAGUUCCACGAAUGUAGCAGCCAAUCAGGAAUAUCUGCAGGAUGCCUGGAAUUUCAACGCCAAACCCUAGUAACACCUGAGUGCUCGCACUCAAGAAGAACUGCGACCAUUCGUGCAGGUUCCUCAACUUUGCUUGAGACCGGCUUGGCCAAUGAGAAAUCAGCACCUGAGCUGAUCCACUAUAAAUACCUCCACCAAGACACUGCUUCUUCAGUUCCUCUGCUAACUUGUCGCGAUGUUGACCUGUGAGGAGGUCGAAACAUGUCGACAAGAGAAAAGUAAUACCAGCAGAACUAGAAAAAAUACCAGCCUGAAUAGCCAACAAUGAGCCCUGCCUGACCACAACCAGUUAUUCCAACAUACCAGGAGAUGAACCCCUUUUAAUAAGACCAGUCAUUCAGCCUUCCUGUAUACCAGUACAUAUACAGUAUACCAAUCAAUGAACCCUGCAUGAACACGGACGCUGAUAUACCAGCAACCAGAAUCCCUUGUUUUUUCAAUAAAAAUAAAAAAAUAUUCCCACAUCCUUUCUAUUAAAUACCAAUAUGAAUAUUGGCCAGUUAUUAAAUAAUAUUGCUGAGCCAUAAAAAUGAUUAUGUACUAAGAAGAAUAGAAAGUUAUCAUAUAAAAUUAAUUUGCUAAACACAGCCAUUCUUUUUAACAGAAUAUGUUUGAAAGAGGGUCUUCUUCCGAAAUAAUAAUUAAUAAUAAUAAUUGGGUGAUGUGUUUUAGGUGCUCUAUACGAUGUCUCAGCUUUUACUAUAACAACCACAUACGUAGUACAUAAUGUUUCCAAUUCUUUUGAGACACUUCACAUACAAUUUUUCUUACUUUGAAUGCUAACGUCUCGCCUACAUUUGGCGGAAUUCUUCUACAGGUGUAGUAGGAUGAUCCACUGCUGGUAGGGAACAUGGUAGCUUAUCCUUUAUACGUAGUGUAACUCAUGGUACUUGUAGCCACUACAGGUAACUCAGUUUGGAUGGUCUGCUUACAUGUAUACCAACAGUUGAAGGCUUUUGCAAAGUAUCGGUGUUGUAUGUAAGAAAACUUUUUGAAUAUCAAAGUAAUUUAGGAUAUGAUUUUUCAUUAAAAAAUAGAUUAUUUUUUAGUACAAAGCUGUAACUCUUAAUUAUCCUAUUUUUGCUUGUGCACAAAUAGGAUAAUUAAGAGCCAUCCUAUCCAAUGAGAAGAGGAGAUUAUGAUUUGCUGCUCCCUCUAUGUUGGUCAAUGCACUUGGGUGUCCUUGGGUUCCCCCGUAGCAGUCAUAUUUAUAGUGUGCCUGGCCAUUUAGUAGCAUCUGUAGAUGCUACUAAAUGGCCUUUGCAGCAUCUACCUACCUUUUACUUCUAUCUAUUCCUACAUUCAAAAAAUGAUAUACUGUACCUUGAUUCAAUUUUCACUUCUUGUUUAAAAAGAAAUUAGUGGGCGAGCCUUGUAGUCUAAAAAUGUGACUUCUGUCUUGGUAAACUAAUUUAUAAUAAUAACGAUAAUCCUUCAGGUCCCCAUUGGUAAAACCUGCAUCACUUACUGUGUAAUCUGAGCCAGUUUCGACAGAGCAGUGGUGUCAGUAGGCAAGCUUAUAUGUUAAAAGUAAUGGGUUUGUUUCGAAAAAUUAAUUUUUUUGAGAAAUUUAUUUUGCAACAAACCUAUUAUUUUUUACAGUCUGAAUUGCAUCUUAGGUGGGAAGAAACAGAGGUCCUUUCCCUCUUCCACACAGAGCAAGGAGCAGGAUAUGGCUUAGUCUAAACACAUAAGCUAGUGAUUAAAUCUAAACUUAAUCCUAGUGCUUAGGGGAAACUUUUAAACUUAGGUACUUGAAGCUGAUAAGCAGCACCUAAGCUACCAACUGCCAAGACCACAACGAAAACACAGAUUUUAAACAACUGAAAAGCACCAAUUUUCAGGGAACACUUUACCAAAGCACUGGAACUGAAGCAGAAGCAACAUAUUUGAAAUAAAUCCUUCAAACUCAUGUUCAAAAUCUUUUUUCAAAACGUUUUUGAGUUUAAUUGCAACCUGGGCAAAAGAUGCUCAAUGAAAUCCUUGUUUCUUUUAAAUAACCAAUACAAUGACUCGCUCACUCACUCACUCCGGUGGCUCUUGAGCCUCUUGGUGACCCAUGGCUGCUUGCACCAGACCUCUCCAUGUUCCCCUGUUGAGUGCUUUAUUUCUCAAGUUAUUCUCAGGCUCCUCCACUCACAAUUCUCUUAGAUCUCUGAACACAUUAUCUUUCCAUCUCAUUCUCACAGAGGAUACAUAGGGCUGGAUGUGUGGUCAAUACAAUAACUGAAAUUAUUCUUGUUGUUCAGAAGAUAAACUCCUUCACAUACGGAAGAAGCCUGCUGGGGCAAUUAACUUAAAAUUCAAGCUUCCAAAGAAUAUGGCAUAUUCAUAUGAAAAGCAAAAAGGAAUGAACAACAACAAACAAACAUUGCUGGAAGACCAGGGGACUCAAAGGAGCUAUUCUAAGUCUGAGGGAAAUUUGUGGUCAAACAAGUUAACAGAGAGUAGGCGACUCAGUUUGCCGACCUAUAGGAAAAGGCCAGGGCGUUGUCAUCUUUCUUUGUGGUUGGGUUGAAAUGCCUGGAAUGUGCACAGGUGUGCAAAUAGGCUGUGAAAAAGGAAUAAGUUUGUGAUGAAAUGUAGUUUUAUUGAUAGAGGGAGUAUCUGUCAUAAAAAACACAUAAUUUCACUUCACAUUUGAUAUUUAUGCAUUUUUACUGUAUUUUACAAAAUUAUCUUGUUGCAGUUAGCCAUGUACAAUAAGAAAUGUAAUUGAUACUGUGCCAAAAAUAUUUAUUAAUCAUGUUAAUAAGCUGAAUCUUGUAAAUGUGCCUGUUUUUUUUUUUAACAUUUUAUCAUGCUCUUAACUACUUUUCCUUGAGUUUUAAGUAAAGAGUCAAGUGUAGAGAGACAUUUUAAUUGAGCAUGGAUUUGGUACUAUGUACCUUCUUUUUCUUCAUUAAAGUAUGGUACAGUAUGUGAAAUAUCAGUGAAAACAAUGAUUUAUGAUUUAAUGGAUAUAAUAUAGUAGUUAUUUGGAACACAUUUUUUCCUUGAGACAGUAAGCUUAUGAAGUGUUGUAUUUUAUUUGUAGGAUGAGACAUGAGGAUAAUUUCUUCUUUUAGAAUCUGAGUUGUUUAAAUACUGUUUCAUUCCCUGCUAUCUUUAGUGUUCUAAUGGGAAUUUAAGAAAAUUUAGUAUACCCACAUGCUUUGCUAAGUUUUGAUGGUCAGUUCAUAUUUUAGUUCUUUAAAUGCUGGAGAAAUUUUAGAUUUAUUAUUGGUAUAUUUAGAGAUAUAGUACUGUACCAUCACAUUCCAUUGUGCCAGUUGUAUUUAUUCCUUAUCCCCAUAAUUGGCACUUAAUUUAGGCUGUUAUUUGCAUGUUUGCAUAACAUGUAGGGUUAAAAACCCAUACAAUUUUAUACAGUUCAUAGAUACAAUCUAUAGAUUUUAUUUAAUUUGUGGAACUUCACUUCUAAGAGUCAGGAAUAGAAUAAAUUGUAAUGAAGAUAGAAAUAUUUUUUUCUCGUGUAAAACUGCUGUUAUAUUCCAGUUCAUGAGAUGUACUGCAUCUUCAUUACAAUUUUUCUGUUUGUUAUUGAUUUCUUGCCUCAUGCAGUCUAUUAGAUGACUGUAAAAUAUUGGUUGACACGGCAAAUCAUUCAUGUCUGUGAAUUCUCACUGCCCCUGUCACUGGUCCUGAGGAUAAUAAAAAGAUCUUUUAACCUAUUCCUUUGUUCAGUAUUUUUUACCCUGAGAGACAAAGUUAUAUAUUACUAAAUUAAGAUAAUUUAAGUAGCUCAAUCACAGACCAUUUUGAAUAUUAUACAGAUGAGACCAAAAUUCAUGUGAAGUUGUUUGUGGUUAAGAAUUUAUCCAUUUUUUGUUUACUAAUAACUGCAUUAAAUUAAAAGUUUUAGAUAAAACUUUAGAGACAAAAUGAUUACCCAUUCAGUUUCUCUAGGUUAAGGAGAAUAACCAGUAUCAAUUACGUCGGCAGUUCUCUUGUAUGUACAUGAUUUAAUUUUUAGUUACUUUUUCAAACUUUACUAGUCUUUAGUCGUUAUUUUAUUAAUUUUGUCAAUAUCCUGUAAACCUAUAAAGUUUGUUAAUUAGAGAAAGGGUAAAGAACUCUGAGAUUUUGUUUAAAGUUGGCAUCAUAAAUUAAUUGCAUACAAACAAGAAUUGACCCCCGUAUUUAGGGUCUUUUGAUGAGGAAAAGGCUAAUUGGAGGGGUUGCUGUGGUAGUGUUUAACACUCGCCCCAGUUUUAUACCGACACCUUUUAUUUAGGUGAGCGAGUCAGAGACUUCUGACAUGUCCAAUUUAACAGUUCUCUGGUAUUAUAGCAAUAUUUUACUAGAAAUAGUGCUAAAGAGGACACAUUUCACGGAGCGACACGGCUUCCUCGCCCAGAAAUAGAUUUUUCCUACGUCAAAAUCCCUUUUAUGAAAAAUUGAGGAGACUAAAACACCUUUUUGAGCAAACUUGCAUAGAUUUCAUUUUUACCUUGACCAUUUGUUCAUUAACUGCAUGGGACCAUGAGCGUGAAAUUAAAGAAGGUAUCAGUAUCUGUAAAUCAUAACUGAAGAUGAUGUAGAACAUCUAAGUAAGUCUUAAGGAGAUAGCACAAAGAUGGUUAUUUUAAACAUGUGAAAUGUGGGUAGUGAAAAAUCAGAUACUAGAAAUAAUGUUUAUUAAACAUACAGUUUUGUACAUGAACUUCCCUGACAGAUAUAUACUUAGCUAUAGUCUCCGACGUUCCCGACAGAAUUUCAAAUCUCGCGGCACACGCGACAGGUAGGUCAGGUGGUCUACCUUACCCGCCGCUGGGUGGCGGAUGUACGAACCACUCCCGUAAGCUUGUCAGAUUUUUCUCUGUCGCGGGAACGAUAACAACUGUUGUCGGUUCCUCUCGAUAGUUUUUCGAUUCUCGCUUGCCUGGAGUUAAUUUGGACUUCUUUUG